GCGCGCGCAUACUGCGCAUUCGUGCCAGGGUCACUCGGAUAUGCUUUAUAAAGCUUUAACACAGUGUCACUUUUAAGUAAACCGAGGAUUUCAUCGGAGGCACGCAGACUUGAUAAAUGAACUGGGAGUGGAGUGACAUUUAUUCCCAUCCGUUAUGGAUGGUUUCAACGGCGAUCCUGGCCAUAAUUGUGCGCGCGCAGCGGAAAGCAUUGUGGAACCCGAGCGCUUGUCCUGUGAAGUUAAACGGAAAAACUGCGAUCGUCACUGGAGCUAACACGGGUAUUGGGAAGUUCAUCGCCCUGGACUUUGCUCGUCGUGGGGCGCGGGUGAUCUUGGCAUGCCGGAACAAGGAUCGCGGGACUGCAGCGCUGCAGGAAAUCAGAGAAAGAACUGGGAACCAGAACGUACAUCUGCGUCAGCUUGACACCUCAUCGCUAGAAUCUGUCCGAAAGUUUGCAACACAGAUCUUGGAGGAAGAGAAAGAAUUGCAUAUCCUGGUCAAUAAUGCAGGGGCCUCAGGCUUACCCAGUAAGAUCACUGCAGAUGGCUUGGAAAUCACUUUUGCAACCAACCACGUUGGCCCAUUUCUGCUCACCAGUUUGCUUUUAGACCUUUUGAAGAAAUCAGCACCAGCUCGCAUUGUAAAUGUUUCAUCUAUGACUCACUGGAGGGGUGAGGUAAACUUUGAACAUUUCUGCGAUUCCAAUCUAAAUCAUGUGAUGGAUGCUACGUAUAACCACACCAAGCUGCACAAUGUCAUCUGGACAAACGAGUUGGCACGCAGGCUUCAGGGCACAGGUGUGACAGCAAACUCUCUGCAUCCAGGUGUUGUUAUGACAGACGUAAUGAGAAACUACAACUUCAUCAUCCGAUUCCUCUUCAACUUGGUUGGCUUUUUCUUCUUCAAAACUGCCGAACAAGGGUCUUUCAGUCCAAUAUACUGUGCAGUGUCUGAGGAAGCAGAAGGAAUAAGUGGAAAAUACUUUGACAGUGACUGUUCCCUGGUCUUACCAGCACCCGCUGCCAGAGAUCCUGCUCUUGGGGUGAAGGAAUAUGAGUUUUGUGAGAGACUGACUGCCAAACCUUAAAGAGACCGUUCAAAUGUUCUAUCACGAUUCAUUUACCCUCAUCCGAACAUGUGUGGAUUGUUUCUUAUGUUUAUUUCUUUGCGGAUCUCAGAACAGACCAUACUUGUCACAUAAGCUGUCCAUAUGACAUUCCAAGUCUUUUAAAGCUUUAUGUGAGAAACCAAAGGAAAUAUAAUGUUUGCCCAAUACUUACUGUUUCACAAGCUCACUCAAAAUUAGACACAGCUGUUACUUAUUGUCGUAAUGUUAAUCUUUUUUGAUAGAGCAGAAAAUAUUGUUCAAACCCUUUUUGAAUGAAGAACAUAUAAAUACUCAUUCAUUGCUUUUACAGGGAGCUGUUUUUUUCAGUUGUGAUGCUUUUUCUGUUACCUUCUGUAAUGUGCUAGUUAAUUAUCUCAAACUUAUGCAAUAAGACAAAGAAUGAAGGCUGAUGAAGAAUUUUUUUUUAAUGUGAUGUGAAUUCAUGCUGUAGAAACAUCUAAAGGUUUUAACAGAUGUUCUCUAUUGGCUAUAAAGAAUUUUGCAAUAAAAUACCAGCUAAUGCUUCUAUAACUAACAAA